AUGGCGGAAGUCCUGGGAGUGGUAGCUGCUGCCGCACAGAUCCUAGGGACGGUGCGCAAUGCCCUACUCCUCGCCCUGGAAAUUCGCAGGGAGCUUCUGAAAGGACCGCUCCGAAUCCAAGCACACAUUGAAUGCUUAGACUCGACUAUCUCUGUCUUGAAAUCGGUACAACACGAAUCAGACUCGUGCACAUAUGACACCGAGAUACGCCGCUUCGUCCAGGCCGUCGACAACAAAAUUCAAGCCCUCUACAAAACCCUACGGAAACACCUGCAGAGCAUCUCCGGCGGAUCUUUCCGGAAGUUCGUGGGAGCGCUGAAUACGAGCAAAUCCGAGGGGAAAAUCAACGGGGCUUUCGCGGCCUUGGAUCGCGAGAAAACGAAUCUACACUUGUUCAUCUCCAUCGGAGUCAGAGCAAAGCUCGACCUUCUGAUCUCUAGACAAGUCAUGAUUCAGCAUAACAGCGGCAGGGGCGAUGAUUGUGAUGACGUUGAGAUGUCCGAUGCCGUUGACCUUGCCGAUGGCAACAGCCACCCUGUAAGGACUACAGGCCACCAAAGUAACGGGUGCGUUACAGCUCCGCUUAUCCCGAGCAAUUUGGGUGCACCAUCUCAUGCCCAGGGCAUAGCUGAUAGCGCUUGUGUUUCAAUGAGCGAGCAACAUACCAUGACAACUACCGCCACCACAAGCUUUGCAUCAAGCUUCUCACUCAAACCAACCGACCCAGCUCGAGAUAACCGCGAAGAGAGCUUACCCAGGACACCAAAUUCGACACCGACAUCUGGAGAGCAAAACAACCAUGUCAACAGUCACAAAAUCAGAUCGAAAUCGAAGUAUAAGAAAGAUGCCAAAGUCCAUUAUGGCGACAAGGUGGUCGGUUCUCGGCCUACCACCCUCUCCGGGUCAAUGGACGUCAAAAUGGAAGAACGUUACGGAGAAAACGCAAAUGUUCACGUGGGUCAUGAAUAUUGCUCGAAUGAUGAGAACGGCUCGAGAUGA